AUGAUAUUGUAUUGUAGAUUUACCAAUUUUUCACUUUCUGCAAUCACUCCAACGUCAUCAUCAUUGGCUAGUUUACACCUUAAUUAUACUGAUUUAUCACGCAUCAUAAUCGUGAAUCAGAUGAAUAUGGAUUCAAUGUUGGAUAAAAUUAGUACACAGUUGUCAGAUAGUUUGACGAUCUCAUUAGAUAAUGAAUAUGACAAUAGUUUAAUUGUAACCAAAGAACCAAAAUUAUUAAUAAGUAAUAAUUAUGAUUGGAUUGGUGGAUCCAUUUCCACAGGAUAUUCAAAUGUAGAAGGCGAUUUAUUGAAAGAGCGCAUCAAUGUACAGGCUACAAUUACUCGAUGUUUAGAAUUCCAAAUUUAUCGUCUAUCUAACACCGCCGGUGAUGAUCAAAAUGACGAUUUUGCUAAUCUAGGCAUUUGUAUACGAUUUGUAAUCACUGACGGUAGCGGCAGUGCAUUGGUACAAUUGGGUCAUCCGUUUAUCAUACCUUCCUUAUCAUCUAGCGGUGUUCCUUGUCAGAUCCUGUCGAAUAAUGAUUCAUCCUCAACAAGUCCUAAAGAUAAUUUGGAAUUAGCACGUCUUUUAUUAGGAUUGAAUUGUUUAAUUUGGAAACGACUAUGUUGUCAGUGGAAACGUUUAUUAGAUCAAGGCGUUGAUUUAUCAUUCAAUUUUUAUGAAUUAACAAAUGAUAAUACAACUUCUGAAUGUAACACCUCUUCAUUGUCCUCUACAUCCUCUACAUCAUUUUCAUCUGAAGUCACUUCAAAUAAAAAAUAUAACUUGAUACCAAUUAAAUUAGCAUUGAAAACUUAUUUGAAUUCACCGACAUUUUUAAGAAAUUGUCGAUUCACAUUGAAAUACAGAACUAAGAAUGUUCCACAUUAUCAUCGAUCCACCACAACAUCAACACUGUCUUUAUCGAAUUCUGCCGAUCAUUGGCGAUUGAAACAGAUUAAUUUAAAAGACAGUGAUAAUUCUGUAUAUUCUCAUGAUAAUCACCUUUGUCAACAACAAUCCGUUUACUUUGUUCUACCUCCAUAUAGAUUGUACACCUUAUUAAAUGUUACCUCUCAUAAUGAUGAUUUCAAUGAUUAUGAAUGA